GGACGACGGAAGCAUUUGAAUGCAUCAGGCAGGGUUCUUUUCUUGGCGAUUGCACGUUUUCGUGGAACAGCUUGAGCGCAUUUUCGCCCUUGUACCCUACGCGGCGGAGCAGUCGCGGCAAGCGUGAGUUCCUCGGUGGCGUGUAGUUUGCAGAAGGCGAAUUUGAUCAUUUGGUCAUUUGAAGCUGCACCCAUAUUAUUCCCAUUUGACUAGAUUAGCCUGCAUCUCGUGUUUGUAAACAUGAAAAACCUGCAAAGAUAGCUCUUAUAGGGUUCGAUCCUUGAUACGGCUACUGCAAGUACUGUGUGCGUGUUGAAGAGGGGUACAUAUUAGAGACUUACGUGAGCUGAAGAGAUGAGUUUUGAAAGUGGAGACAUCGAUGAACUGGGCAACCAUGUGGUGGAGGAUACUAGUUCAGAUCUCAAUUUACCCAACAUCUCAGUAGACUUGAGUGAAAAUGAAUUUCCUUCAAAAUUAGCAAAUGCGACGGAGCAUCUUGAAAUUGGAGAACCUGAAGAACAUCGGACGGAAUUUUCUCCUGACACAGCCAGUGCGGACCUCUCUAGGACUGAUUCUCUGACAGAUGAUACUGACGCUGCGAGCUCCUCGACUUUAGCAUCAGAGGCUCCGGAGCGGCUUGAAACUCCAAGAACAGAAGAACAUGUGAAGAAAUUUGUGGCUGAGGUUACGAAAACUAUAGUCAGUCUCUGCAACGAGGAUAGUAAUGCUCGAAGCCCCUCUGAUACAGUGACGAUACCGGAGCGUCUACAAUCUGACGAAGUUGUUGAAGCGAAGGGACUCACUUACGCUGAAAUUGUCAGCGCAGAUCCCGUCCUACCUGAUUCCUCAGUAUAUACCCUUGACGCCGAACGGCUUAACAGUGAAGGAUGCGAUGAAGCUGAGGGACGUACCUACGCCGAAGUCGCUAGCGCAGAGCGCGCUGUACCUGAUUCCAUGACGAAUAUUAAUGACGGGGAACGUCUCGACGCUGACGAAGGUGAGAAAAAGAAGUGCCGAACUUAUGCUGAAGUCUCCAAAGAAAACCCCAUUCUACGUGAUUCCUUUACAGAUAGUGCAGGCGCCGUCAGCCUCUCAGAUGUAGCCGCAUCGACAGAGUCGGAUGAAACCCGAUGCUCCGAAGAAGCAUCCAGGGAAGGAGUUGCCGUGGAAGUUCUGGAACUUGGGGCUGGGGUUGGAGAUGGUACACAGAAAGCCAUGAGAGAAGGUGGUGAGUUGGAAGAACAUAUUCAUGACAAGGGACUGGAGGGUGUCAGGGAGGAAGUUAGCAAAGAAGGAGAUCACGUGGAAGAAUUGGUACUUGGGUCUGGAGUUAAAGAUGCCUCAAAAGGAAGUUCUUCACCUCAUGAAGAAGGCAUUCAAAGUGCAACGGACACGGUGCAAGGUACUUCAACAAAUGCUUCUGAGAACAACAAACCUAGACCCAAAUCUGUAUUUCAUAAUAUUGCUGAGAACGAGGCCAGGGAAGAACCUCAUUUAGACAAAACCGCGAUCAGUUCUACUCUUCAAGGAGAGGCUGAAUACCUUCCGAAUUUAAAGCAGCUGCCAGCAGAAACUGGAAAGAACGUUCUUCAAUUGAAGGCUGAAUCGAGUGCAAAUGAUGGUGUGUGCCUUGUCUACGUCAUUGGUACCGCCCAUGUCUCAAAGGCAUCAUGUGAGGAAGUUCAAGCUCUCAUCAGGCAUGUUAAGCCAGAUGUGGUGUUCCUAGAGCUGUGUUCAAGUAGGACGAACAUCCUUUUGCCCAGAAAGAACAAGGUACCAACAGUCAGCGGCAUGUUGGAGUCAUACAAGAAGAAGGAAAUGAAUGUGUUUGGUCUACUGUACAGCUGGUUUCUCGCUAAGGUGGGUGAGAAGCUGGAGGUUCUUCCUGGAACGGAAUUUCGUGUUGCAUACGAGGAGGCUGUGAGAUGUGGUGCUUCAGUUACACUUGGAGAUCGUCCUGUCCAGAUCACUCUAAAAAGGACUUGGGGAAGCAUGAGCCUUUGGCUCAAGACAAAAUUUCUCUUCAGCGUGUUGACCGCCACUUUCAACAUGCCAAGUGCAGAAGAAUUUCAUGCUUUGCUGGAGAAGAUGGACGAGAGUGACGAACUGACGCUGAUGGUUCAGGAGUUGAGCAAGACUUUUCCAACUCUUUUGCAGACCCUCGUUAAUGAGCGAGACUUGUACAUGGUGGCGAAUCUUCGGAAUGUUGCACAGUGCCGUUCCUCUGUUGUUGCUGUGGUUGGAAGAGGCCACCUCUCUGGCAUGUCCAAGCAUUGGGAAGAAGAUAUAAAUGUGGAAGAGCUGUUGACACUGCCGAGCAAGAAACCCGCACGUAGGCUAUGGUUGUGGAGCACGGUAGCCUUAGGAGUCGGAGGAGUUGCCGUGGGCAUCCAUGUGCUGCGACGGAGAUAGUGUAAGAUUCAUUUUUCAUACCGUAGGAGCGUAAGAGGCGUAGAAGCAACAUCAAGCUGUGCCCACUGGCGCUUACAUGGCUCUGAUGAAAGCUAUUCCUUUGUGGGAUAUCAUUGUCUUCUGCUGACAGACCCCCAGGGAAGUUGAAUCAUCAGUUCACAGUUUCACAGUUCGUUGUUAUGUUGGACCCAGUAGAGCAAUGGCUCCAAUUUACUUUUUGUAGCCAACAUAUUCAUUCUAAGGUACUCAUUUACUCGCUCUCGCAUGCCUA